AUGUAAGAAUUUAUUAAGGGUUGUCUUACCAUGGUUAGACUAAGUAGAAGUAUUGUAAAAUUUGUUUUAAAAUUUUUAUAUUUUAAAAAGUAUUUUAAAUAAUACAAGAUCAAAAAGAUCGGAAUUUAACAAUUUAGUUUUUAUUCUAAUAAGAAUAAUCUAAUCUGGACCAUCAAUAGGCUUAAAAAAUUACUAGAUUUUGACCAAUGUUUAGCAAGAAUCAUAUAAGAUUUUUCACAAAUGUCAUGAAUUAUUUACCAUACAUAUUAUUUAUUCUAUGUAAUUGAAAUAAUAACCUCAAGCAUAAAUCAUAAUUAAUAGAUAUCAAAAUUAUAGAAGAAUUGCUUUCAAUAUGGCCUAUCUAAUUGUGGAACAACAAAAUUAAUAAAAAAUCAUUUGUUGUUAACUAAUUGGAAGAAAUUCGUGAUUCAUCUAUUCAGAGUGAAGCCAAAAAUCAUAAUAAAUCAUCAUAAAGUGAAACCUAUAAAUAUUUUUUUUAUAAAAUAAUCUUUAAAAGCUCACAAUAAAGAAGAUGCUGAGAUUUAAAGAGAGCAUCAUCUUUUUGGAGAAAGAUAAAGAUAUAAAACUAAUUAGAUGGAAAGAAUUAAAUCUAUAAUCAGAAGUAAAACCAAAUAUACAAUAGAAUGA